AUGCUAACAGUCAUCAACAAGCCAAGCACACGCGUGGCUCGUUGUUUCAUUCGGUGUUACUCGUUGGUCCACCCCAAAACAAAAGUUGUUCGAACUACCGAUGAGGCGUUGGCAGGGAUCACUUCAAACAUCACAUUGCUUUCAGGUGGGUUUGGCCUCAGUGGUGUUCCCGACACAAUCAUCAAUGCUCUCGUAAAAAAACCAGAGAUCAGCAACAUUACUGCCGUUUCGAAUAAUGCGGGGCUCGAUGGACGUGGGUUGUCGCAAUUGCUAGUUACUGGGCAAAUCACUAAAAUGAUUAGUAGUUACAUCGGAGGCAAUAGAACUUUUGAAAAAUUAUACUUGACAGGGGCAAUAGAUUUGGAAUUGACCCCUCAAGGAAACUUAGCUGAACGAGUUCGGGCUGGUGCUGCGGGAAUCCCAGCUUUCUAUUCACCUACUGGGGUCGGCACCUGGUUAGAAGAAGGGAAAUUACCUGUACGUUAUGACCCAAAGGGCGAACAAGUGUUGAAAGCCAGUGAAGUUCGCGAAGUGCGUGAAUUCAAUGGGAGAAAGUAUUUGUUGGAACCGGCAAUCAUUGGAGAUGUGGCCCUUGUCAAGGCAUACAAAGCAGACACAUUGGGUAAUUGUUGGUUCAGGGGAGCUGCCAGAAAUUUCAAUUCGGUGAUGGGAAGAAAUGCCAAAUUGACCAUUGUUGAAGCAGAGAAUAUCGUUGAACCAGGUGAAAUCACUCCAGAAAAUGUUCACUUACCAGCAAUUUACGUCGACAGAGUCAUCCAAUCUACGACGCCCAAAGAUAUUGAGAUUUACAAGCUCUCGGAAACCAGCCAAGAUGCGUCUUUGGAACAAUCAAAAUCGGAAAGUGAGUUGAAAAGGUCAAAGAUUGUUAAAAGAGCAGCACAAGAGUUCAAAGAUGGCUCGUUCGCGAAUUUAGGCAUUGGAAUGCCAACUUUGGCACCAAACUACUUACCAGAAAACAUUAACGUUACUCUACAAUCGGAAAACGGUAUUUUAGGUUUAGGUCCUUACCCGCAUAAAGGCCAAGAAGACCCCGAUUUGAUCAAUGCUGGUAAAGAAACUGUGACCCUCGCACCAGGUGCAUCAUUAUUUGGAUCUGAAGAAUCCUUUGCCAUGAUACGUAGUGGUAAAAUCGAUUUGACCAUUCUAGGUGGGUUACAAGUCGCUUCAAAUGGAGAUCUAGCAAACUGGGGAUUACCAGGUCGAGUGAAAGGCAUGGGUGGUGCUAUGGAUCUUGUAAGCAACCCGCAAAAUACCCGUGUUGUAGUAGUGAUGGAACAUAUUGAUAAAAAGGGAAGACCAAAGAUUUUAGAGCAAUGCAAAUUCCCAUUAACUGGUCAAAAGUGUGUUUCAAGGAUAAUUACCGAUUUAGCUGUAUUUGAUAUCGUUGAUGAAAAGUUGGUAUUGAUUGAAAUUGAUCCUGAGAGUAGCAUAGAAGAAAUCAGGGCCAAAACUGGAGCUCCUUUUGAGAUUUCGCCAAAUUUGAAAACGAUAGAAGUUUAA